ACACCAUUCAACACAAUAUACAAAUCUUAGAAAUAAACAAAAAAUGUUUUCCACGCGAAUCUCGAGAUCUUUGACUCUUUUUAGACGGUUUUCUACAAAACCAGAGGAAAUAGCCCAAUUAGUCAAGAAAAACAAAGUCGUCGUAUUUAUGAAAGGUGUGCCGGAAGAACCAAGAUGUGGCUUCAGCAAUGCUGUUGUGCAAAUCAUGAGGAUGCACGGUGUUAAGUAUGACGCACAUGACGUGCUCAAGGAUGAAAAUCUGAGGCAAGGUAUCAAAGAUUUUUCAAACUGGCCAACGAUACCACAGGUUUUCAUAAAUGGUGAAUUCGUAGGAGGUUGUGACAUUGUUUUGCAAAUGCAUCAGAACGGAGAGUUUAUCGAAGAGUUGAAAAAAGUUGGGAUUACUAGUGCUCUGUUAACUAAAGAACAGGAAAAAGAAAAAGACAGUGUUAAAAAAUAAUUAUAUAAGUGAAUCAUACAAUUGUAGAUAAUUUAUUGUUCUUUGU